AUGAUGAAUUUUACGGAGGAUGCUCCUGUAAAGAAAGGCUAUGUUCUCUUAACAAGGAUGGAAAGUAUAACGGCAUACAAAAACCAACGUGGACAACCCAGAUCUGGAACUCCAGAACAAUCUGACACUCCAGUGUCUGCUAAUGACAUGUGUUCCCUUGCUGAAUGGCCAUCCCAUGCUCGCCGCAACCGUGCGCUACUACAGGAUGAAGCUGGUGGACAGAAGAAGAAAGGGCGAGGUGUUCUAAAAGGUUUUAAAGCAUCUAAGAAGCGUUUUGCCAAUGGAUCUGCAAAGCUAAAUAUUACAUUCUCUGAAAAAUUGGGUGGUACAGUAGGAAUGAACUAUUGUUCGUUCAAGGAUGACGUGGUAGUCAUAGUGAAAAGAAAGCUACCACUCAUUGGAGUGAGGACGUGGUCGGACAUUCACCCUACCAUUCAUCGAUUCAUUGUUGCAGAUAUGAUAGACAGAUGGGACCUGGAAGAUACACCAGAAACAGAAGAAAAAGUUCUCAAAAUUGCGAAAGAGCAAUAUAGAGGCUGGCGAUCAACUCUAAGCUCCACUUACAAGGCAUACAAAAUAGAUAUAGCUAGAUUGGCUAAUCUGCCGGAAGAUUUGCAACCAGAAGAGUGGGAAUGGAUGAUUGAGUACUUUGGCACUGAUUCAAAAUUUCAGUCUCACUGGUUAUAUUUGGUUUCAAUGAAUUGA